GGUUGCCGUGGUUAUUUGUUUUUGCUGUGUUUUUAUCGUCAAGCUUCCUGAAGCACCGGCGGCUGGAUCAUUUGCUGUCUAAGCGAAAACGAAACAUUUUCUUGUUUUUAAUGACAUCUAAUUUAUUUUUUUCGACAUGAAUGCGAUCGUGACGGAUAGUGAACAUGUUCACGAGAUGAGUCGUUUAGCGGAAAAGAAGAGGCACCACUCAUCUUAAUGUAUACUGUCUUAAAUUGUCCUUUAAUAUCAUUAAUGGAGAUGUCCGAAAUUUGAUCCAGUUGUUAUUUCUUGACUCGUAUCGCUCGAUAGUUUUUCUUUUUUUUUUGAAGUGCUGCAGAAAUGGGAUAACAGCAGUAACUUAAUCGGAUUAAUAGUGUUUAGACGUCACCGUCUCAGACUAAUUUUAAUGUUGACAUGAAUCAGAACAGUCAAGAGACUGGAAACAUGUCGGAGGGAAACAUAUGUGAUCCAUCCAUCAUUCCUCAGUGUCUUGAUCAAACAGAUGUUGCCUAUUCAGACAAUGAUGCCCCACCAGAAAAUCACACAGAGGAUGACCAUUGUGUGAAUGAAGAUCACAGGAUGCCUUCACACCCCGAGGGGCUUUUGGAGCCCAAGUCAGCAGACCCCACAUCAGAAGACGACACUCAGGAGCACACAACAGACAUCCAGAAGCUACGCAUUGUUGAUUAUGACACGUCUUUGUGUGCUGGAGGUUCAGAGACUGAUUCUGGGAAAGCAUCAGAGGACUCGGCCUUAGUGGACAACGGUCAUGAUGACUCGGGCGAGUUUGUGGUGACCGUGUUAGCCCGGGGUGAGAUGGAAGAGCAGGGAAUUGGUGCGAAAGGUGCUUCUUCUCUUCUUUCUGAGACGGGGACACCUUUAGGACCUCCAUCCCAUAGGAAUGAGGAUGUGACGGGAGAUAGUUGGAGGCAGCACAGGAAGCACGUGUUUGUGCUGAGCGAAGCUGGGAAGCCCAUCUACUCCCGCUAUGGUAGCGAGGAAGCCCUGUCGUCUACCAUGGGGGUGAUGAUGGCUCUCGUGUCCUUCGUUCAAAGUGGAGACAAUACAAUUCGCUCGGUCUACUCGGACGGGCACACUGUCGUGUUCAUGCAAAGAGGUCCUCUGGUGCUGGUGUCCGUCUCCAGCAGUCGGCAGUCCGAACAGCAGCUCCGUCACGAGCUCCUCUACGUCUACAACCAGAUCGUCAGCAUCCUCACGCAGGCCAGCAUCACUCGCAUCUUCGAGCACAAAAAAAACUACGACCUGCGGCGCCUCCUGACCGGCUCCGAGAAGAUUCUCGAUGGUCUGCUGAACCUCGUGGACUCCGACCCCAGCAUCUUACUCUCCGCAGUGCACUGUCUCCCCCUGACAUCGUCUCUCAGGGACUCCCUCAGCCAAAUCCUCCAAAAGGCCAUCACGUCCAAUCUGGUCUUCUCCAUUCUCAUAGCCAAGAAGCAGCUGCUCACUAUAGUCCAAGAAAAGAUGGUCAUCGAUGACGCCCGACUGGACCCUGCUGACCUCCACCUUUUACUUAACCUCAUCGGGGCUUCAUCCGCCUUUCAGGCCGGGGAGAUCUGGACACCCAUUUGCCUGCCCAGCUUUAACCCUGACUGUUAUUUCUAUGCUUAUAUCUCCUAUCUGGACCCUCCCGAAUGUACUGUCUGUCUGGUUCUUCUCUCGACCGAUAAAGAAGCAUUUUAUUCAGUGGCUGAGUGUAAGAAAAAGAUCGAGGAGGCUAUGCAAACCCAGAAUGCUCUGAACUCCAUAGCGAAGGCUCACCUCUACAGUGUUAGUCAGGUGGGAGUGUCGGAUCUCAGGCACUUCAUGUACAAGCCUUUUGAUGUGCCCGACAAUCAUCGCCAGUUAACACAGUUUACCAGUCCAGAACUGGAAGCCCCUUACAGCAGUGAACAAGAAAGGAUGAGACUCCUGGACCUCUACAGAGACAUGCACGGUCGAAUCCACAGUACCUCACGCCCGCUCAAACUUAUAUACCACGUGGCUGAACGUGAGACUCUUCUGGCCUGGGUCACAAGCAAAUUUGAGUUAUACACGUGCUUCAGCCCCCUUGUUACCAAAACCUGUGCCAUCAAUGCCAUUACCAAGCUGCUGCGCUGGAUCAAGAAGGAAGAAGAUCGUCUCUUUAUUCGCUAUCCUCCAAAAUACUCCACGACCCCCAACCCUAGUAAAAGCUCUAAAGGAGAUGCACACUAGUCGCGCUGUGACCACUAAAUCAUCAGUUUGUGAAUGUCCUGCAUCCCUGCAUUAACACUUACAUCUCCUAAACUCACUUUUAGUAGUACAGUGAAUCUUAAUCUACAGUGGGACUCUUAUUUAAUAGAUAUAAUUGAUGUUAUUAGGUUGUUUUUUUUGAGGGGGCUGUUUGAAGACACAUCCUGAACUGGAUCUGAUGUGAAUUUAUACAUUUAAAAAGGUGAUUUUUUUUCUUUCAAAAGAAGAAAGUGAAGUUUAGUAAGACCUUGUUUCCUUCCUAAUCUUUUCAGAUGCAUUACAUAACAAAAGCCCAAUGAAAUGAGGAUACUUUCUUGUCUCAAUAUGUGUUGAUUGCUGACUUGCUUUACAGCAAAAUUCAUGUUUUAGUUAUUAAAUUGCAUUCGGUUAGGACAUGUUUGUUAUGCUAGAAAGUGAAAUGUUUAUCAUAAACUGUCCAUACAUUCAUCACUUUGUUGUUUAGAGGUUUAUAUUUUUCUUUGUUUUAUAUUUAAAACCAACAAACAGACCAAACCUGGUUUAGUCAAGAUGCAACAUAUCAAUACAAUAUGAGGAAGACAAUUAUUAUGAAAUUAUUUAAUUCACAGUUCUCAUUGAGUUUGUGCAGAACACAUUUUACUGUCAAUAAUGUGUGUUUCCUAUUAUUUGCAAAUUGUGACAUUUACACCUGACAUAUGAUGAUAGUAAGGUCCAUCAUAACAUUUGGGUUGUAAACCACUGGACAUAAUAGUAAAAAUUUACAAUGUAAGAUUGGAAUUUUUUACUAUUUGGAGAAAUAUUUUCUUGCAUUUUCAGUUUCUGUUCAAAACAUUUUUAUUCAAGAGGAAUAAUAUAUUGGUGCUGUAAUAAAUCUCAGAAGUUGCUCAAA